AUGAUAUCUAAAAAACAUGCAGAGAUUGAGGCAGAGAGUAUUGACGGAUCUCUUUUUAUUAAAGAUCUUAAUUCAUGUAAUAAAACAAAAAUAAAUAAUACUAAAUUAAGAUCAUACUCUUCAUAUCAAAUCAAAGAUGGAGAUAAAUUAAUUUUUGGACAAGUUACCUCCACUUUUAAGUUGCACUAUACAUCGGAUGAUUCCUUUAUAGUAUCUACGCCUCAAAUAAAAAAAAAAAUUCAAUCUUUUAUUCCUGGAACUCCAGAUUCUUCAUUAAAUGCCUCAUCGACUUCGGAAAAUAAUGUUUCAGUAAUACCUGAAACACAAACGGAUAUAAUCGAAACAUCCUUCCAGCGUCCUGAAAUAUCUGUUUUAAAUAAUGAACAAAUAAGUGUAAACCUUCCUCCAGUGAUGAACUCCAAUUUUUUAUCAUCUUCUUUAUCAUCAAAUAAAAGUGAUCAAAAUGAUAUUACAAAUUGUAAAACUCAAAUAUUACCUUUGAAAGAAGAACUCGAUAAUAGUAUAAAUGCUUCUGAAAUUCAUUAUUCUAUUUCUGGCAAUAAAAGUACUAAUGAUUCAAAUGAAAAUAUUUAUGACAUGGAAACACAAAGACCUUCCAAUCUUGAUGAAAAUGAAGACAAUAUCGAAAAUGCAGCAACACAACAUAUUAAUUAUAAUAAAUCAGAUCUUUAUAACAACAAAUUUAAUGAUCUAACGAUCUACGAUGCUAAGACGCAAGACAUUGAUUGUGAAACAUCUGUGAAUGAUUCCAUAAUAAACCUUGAAAAACAGCAACUGUAUCGUAAAUCAGAGGUUAAUGAAAAGACAGUAAAUAAUUCUAUUUACAGUGCUGCUACACAAAAAAUGUUACCUGAAAUGUCAAGAAAGGAAUCUGUAGAAGAUUUUGAAAUACAGCUGCUUAAUUGUGAUGCAUUCAAUAGCAAUAAAAGCAAAUUACAAGAUAUGUCCAUUUACAGUACUGAAACACAAAAAAUUGAAUCAAAAAAAUCUAUCGAAAAUAUUGAGUCUGAAAAUCCAAUUAAAAAAAAUGUGAAAACUACAUCCAAUUUAGAAUUUUCGAUGGAGGAUAUGGAAAAAAUAAAGAUAAUUAAAGAUAAAAAUUCAACAUAUGAUGAUAAUGAAGAUUGUGAUACACAGGAUUUGGAAGAAUUAUCAUUUGAUUCAGGUUUCCGAACAACAGAACAGGAAAGUGAUGAUCCUAAUAAAACAAAUAAUAUAAAAAGUAAUGAUAAUAAGAUAUCUGAACUGCAAGUCUCUAAAAAAUCUAUGAGUAUAAAUAAUUAUGAUGAAGCAGAUGAUUUUCAGAAGAAGUAUAAUUGUCAUUCAACAAAUGAAUCCUUUUCUUCAACUAAUAAACAGUUUAAAAAAUUAAAAAACAUUCAUAAUGAAGAUCAGAUAAAAAAUGUAGUAGAUAGUAAUGAUGAAGAUGAAAUGUUUUGUUCACAAAAUUUAAUUCAAGAUUGUUCAUUUGCAUUUCUUUCUGAAGAAUCACAAAUUGAUGACCAAUCAAAUAAAACUAAUGAAGGUAUUUUUCCUAAAGAAAAUGAUAUUGAGAACUUUAAUAAUAAAAAUAAUAUCAACAAUAGCAAAAAAGUAAAUCAUAAAGAAAUCAAAAGUGAUUCAGAAACUGACGAAGAAGCAAAAAAGUAA